GCUUCCGAUCGCGUUGCUAUUUGUAGGAGUUCCGGUGGUGACAAGAGGUAGUGUUUUGUCCGUCCUGAAGAGUCGCAAUGGCGGCGGUGGAUUCGGACGUCGAACCGCUGCAGCGUAGGGGUUUCCGCUGCCGCCUCUGCCACGUUACUACAGCCAACCGACCCAGCUUAGAUGCCCACUUGGGAGGCCGGAAGCACCAACACCUGGUAGAACUGAGAGCUGCUCGAAAGGCCCAGGGGCUUCGAAGUGUGUUUGUUAGUGGCUUUCCCCGGGAUGUGGAUUCUACUCAGCUGUCUGAGUACUUCCGGGCAUUUGGACCUGUGGCCAGUGUGGUCAUGGACAAGGACAAGGGAGUGUUUGCCAUUGUGGAGAUGGGGGACAUGAGUGCCCGGGAAGCUGUCUUGUCACAGCCUCAGCACAGCCUGGGAGGACAUCGCCUGCGGGUGCGGCCACGGGAGCAGAAAGAGUUCCAGAGGCCGACCUCCAAAUCCCCCAAGGGAGCGGCCCCUGACAGUCACCAGCUGGCCAAAGCGUUAGCUGAGGUCCCAGAUGUGGAGGCACAAAUGGUAAAGCUUGUGGGGCUGAGGGAGUUGUCUGAGGCUGAGCGGCAGCUUCGAAGCCUCGUGGUGGCCCUGAUACAGGAGGUCUUCACAGAGUUCUUCCCUGGCUGUGUGGUCCAUCCUUUCGGCUCUUCCAUAAACAGCUUUGAUGUCCAUGGCUGUGAUCUUGAUCUUUUCUUGGAUCUGGGUGAUCUGGAAGAGCCCCAGAAUAUUCCUCAGUUAGGGGGCAGCAGGAGAAGCAUGCACCCAGCUCAUUUCCCUCCGCAGCCAGCCCCAAAGGCUCCAGAGUCUCCAUCCUUGGACUCGGCCCUGGCAUCUCCACUGGAUCCUCGAGCUCUGGCCUGCACCCCAGCUUCCCCUCUGGACUCACAGCCUCCAGCUUCUCCCCAAGACUCAGAAACCCUGGACUUUGAAGUCCCUUCCUCCUCCCUGACACCCCAGACUCCAGACUCUGCUUUGGCUUCUGAGACCCUUGCCUCUCCCCAGUCCCUGCCUCCAGCCUCACCACUGCGGGAGGACCGCGAAGAGGGGGACUUGGGGAAGGCCCUGGAACUAGCAGAGGCCCUGAAGGGAGAGAAAGCAGAGGGGGCGGCCAUGCUGGAGCUGGUGGGAUCCAUUCUUCGGGGCUGUGUCCCCGGAGUGUACCGAGUCCAAACUGUGCCCUCUGCCCGACGCCCAGUGGUCAAGUUCUGCCAUCGGCCUUCAGGUCUCCACGGUGACAUCUCCCUCAGUAACCGGCUGGCCCUGCAUAACUCUCGUUUCCUGAAUCUCUGUUCUGACCUGGAUGGACGAGUACGACCCCUCGUGUACACCGUCCGCUGCUGGGCUCAGGGUCGAGGGCUGUCAGGGAGCGGCCCCCUUCUCAAUAACUACGCUUUGACCUUGCUCGUGAUCUAUUUCCUUCAGACCAGGGACCCUCCUGUGUUGCCCACUGUAUCCCAGCUCACCCAGAAAGCAGGUGAGGGUGAACAGGUGGAGGUCGAUGGCUGGGAUUGUAGUUUCCCCAGAGAUGCCUCAGGACUGGAGCCCAGUAUCAACAAGGAACCCCUCAGUUCCCUGCUCGCCCAGUUCUUCUCCAGCAUCUCUUGUUGGGAUCUUCGUGGCUCACUGCUGUCCCUGCGGGAGGGUCAGGCACUGCCUGUGGCAGGGGGCCUGCCCUCUAAUCUCUGGGAGGGUCUGCGCCUUGGCCCCAUGAAUCUCCAGGACCCCUUUGAUCUGAGUCACAAUGUGGCAGCCAAUGUGACCAGCCGGGUGGCCGGGCGGCUGCAGAACUGCUGCCAAGCAGCAGCUAAUUACUGCCGAAGCCUCCAGUACCAGCGCCGUUCCUCCCGGGGUCGGGACUGGGGGCUGCUUCCCCUUGUGCAGCCCAUCUCCCCCAGCUCUCUGCUGUCUGCAACACCCAUCCCCUUACUCCCUGCUCCUUUUACCCAGCUCACUGCUGCCCUGGUCCAAGUGUUAAGGGAAGCACUGGGGUGCCAAAUAGUACAGGGAACCAAGAGACUGUGGUCAGAGGGAGGUGGAACUGGGGAGUCUCCCCAGGGAGGAACGAGCAAGAGAUUUAAACUAGAUGGACAGAAAAAAAACUGUGAGGAGGGGCAGGAGGAGCAGCAAGGAUGUGCGGGGGACCACGGUGAAGAUGGGGUGGAAGAAAUGGUUAUAGAAGCUGGAGAGAUGGUGCAGGACUGGGCCGUGCAGAGCCCUCGGCAGCCAGGGGAGCUGCCCAUGACACCUCAAAGGCAUCUAGCCACCAGAGAAGAGAGGCAGUGGGGCCAUGCAGCAUUGGCAGAACAGGUGCCCAGAGGACCUGAGGCAGCCCAAGAAGGGUCUCAAGGUGAGACAGGGAACAGGAUGUUGCUCUCUUUAGUGAGCUGGCGCUGUAGCUUGGGGCACCGAGUGUGGCAGGGUCGGCGGCGUGCCCGGAGACGCUUGCAGCAGCAGACCAAGGAAGGAGGUGGCAGUGCUGGCAUAGGAGCAGAAUGGCUGGCGACUGAAGCACGGGUAACCCAGGAGCUGAGAAGACUGAGCAGUGGUGAACAGAGGCCAGAGGCAGAGCCAAUUCUAACUUUUGUGGUGUCUGCCUCCCAGGCUGACCAGACUCUCACUGUGAUCCCACUCCAGGAUUCUCAAGGCCUGUUCCCUGAUCUCCAUCAUUUCCUACAGGUUUUCCUCCCUCAGGCACUUAGAAAUCUCCUUAAGUUAAGAUAGGGACCUUAAAGGGCAAUAAAGCUGCUAGUUUAAUAAACA